CACUCAAGCACGGAACUCUUGCACCAACAGCUGCAAUGAGACGGCAACACUUCAGUAUUUUAGUAACUAAAAGUCAGCUGCAGAUGCUUGGCUGAAACACCAUAUUAUAUACAUAUUCUAUCUUAUGAAAUGGUCAAGUUUUCCAUUGAUUCUGGCUUUCUGCCAGCCAAGGAGACAUUUCCAAAAUGUUAAAUUCCACUCCAGUCAGUGGCCAAUACACAAAAUAGGAUUGACAUUCGUGGCAUCUAUAAUUAACUCUGAUUCUUACAGUGACAUCCACUGUUGUGAUAAGCCAAACUACAUUUGAGAUAACUUGCUUUUUAAUCAAACAACACAACAAUGCUUCAAGAAAUUGGGAUUCUUCACCUUCUCUCAAGCAGAUGCAAGAUAAUGUUGAAGACCUCCAGUGUUCCUUGAAUAAUCAAAGCACUGAAAAUGCCUACAAAACAACCAAGGUUGUAGAAGUUGGUGUGCUUGAAAAUGUCAGGUUAAAAGCAGUACUAAAUAUUUCAGAGAACAUCGUCUGCCACUGGGUUUUUAAAGAGAUCCGGACCAAAUGUAAUUCCUCUCUGGAUUUGGAGAACCGGCAUAUCGUUUCAGUGGAGUUCCCAAGAAUCAAAGAAACCCAAGAGGGAAAUCACACACUGUUAAUUACAACUGAAACCAGUAACUACACUAUAGUAUUUAUGUUGUAUAUAAGGAGAAGCCCAGGAAAGCCAUAUUUCAUAAAACAUGGAGAUGAAAGUGUGAGGUGCAUAUCAGAAGGACAUCCUACACCAGUUCUUGAAUGGUUGCCUUGCCAGGUUCCUGAUGACAAGUGUAGAUUUGUUUCUGAAGACCUGAUGAAAAGUCAGAAAGGACAGCUUUCUUUAAGAAAAGAGGGCCUGUCAUUUGAACCACAUGUAUGGUGCUGUGCAACUAUUGGUAAUAACUGGAGCAAAGUAUGCACAGAGCUUUAUACAAUAGAUCUGAGUGGAAAAUCAGAAAGCACUGGGCAGGAACUAUUUCUCAGAGUUGGAGAUCCACUGUUCUUAAGAUGCAGAUCCAAAUAUAACACUCAUCAGUUUGGAAAUAAGUGGCAUUUUGGAAACAAGCAAUUAACAAAGAAUAUGACGCUAGAAGGAAGAUGGCAAUUGAAUUCAUCUUGGGUUAAGACUCUGUAUGCAUUUAUGUCAUCUGUGGAACAACAUAAUGGUGGUAAUUAUACUUGUUCUUCUGAAGAAAUUGCUGCCAAGAAAACUGCUAUAGUUAGAAUUUUAGACAAAGGGUUUAUCAAUAUAACCAAUGCAAAGGAAGAUUUUGAAGUUGGCAUAGAAGAAAAGACCUGCCUUGAAGUUAAACUUAAAGCCUAUCCACCAAUCAGAUGCAUUUGGAUAUUUUCUAAAAUGUCAUUUCCAUGUCAGCAAACUUACACAGACACUUACAGCAUCUCUGCAAGCUUUUGUGAUCAUAAAAACCAACCGGGCGAAUAUUUAUUUUAUGCAGAAAAUAUUGAUGUGUUUGUGAAGAGGACAUUAAGACUCUAUGUGAAGAGCAUGCCUAAAGUAAACAUGAGCUCAACAUUUAAUCAGUUAUCUUGCAUGGCUGAAAGCAAUCCUGCUUCAUUGUGGAUCUGGAAGGAAUGUUACAGAAAACAUAUCAAUUGCACUGAAAUCACAGAUGGAAUUUCAAAUGAAAGACGUCAAGGAAGAAUAUUUGGCUCCUGGAUCUCAAGGAGCACUUUAGAUACAAAGAACAUACAAACUGGACAUUUCGUUGAAUGCUGUGCAAGCAAUUCAGUUGGCUAUUCUUGUGAAACUUAUUUUGUCGAACCAAAAGGUAAUCUUUUGCUAUAUGCAACAUUUGGAGUCUGCUUUCCAAUUAUCGCUGGGUUGUGCAUAUUAACUUACCGAAACUAUAAAAAGCAAUUUAGAUAUGAAAGACAACUGCAUAUGAUACAAAUGGUUGGUUCUUCCAACAAUGAAUACAUCUACAUUAAUUUCAGUGAGUUGGAGUAUGAUGUCCAGUGGGAGUUUCCCAGAGAAAAUCUGAAAUUUGGGCAAGUACUGGGCUCUGGUGCCUUUGGAAAAGUCAUGAAUGCUACUGCAUAUGGAAUUAGUGAACCUGGAGCAUCCAUCCAAGUUGCCGUCAAAAUGCUUAAAGAAAAAUAUGACUCUUUGGAAAAAGAUGCUCUAAUGUCUGAACUCAAAAUGAUGAUUCGUAUUGGAAGUCAUGAAAACAUUGUGAAUCUGCUAGGAGCAUGCACCAAGUCAGGACCAGUUUAUUUAAUUUUUGAAUAUUGUUGCUAUGGGGACCUCCUGAACUACUUACGAAGCAAAAGAGACACCUUUCACAAAACAUGGACUGAAGUCUUCAGUCAGCACAACUUUAGUUUUUAUCACAAUUUUCGAGGACAAAUCAAUUCAAGUGUACCCUUUAUCUCCAGAAAUGGAAUCAAACUAACAAAUGGAUCUUACCUACCAGUUGGCCAAAUGGAUCGCUCACAUGCAAAACAAGACUUAGAUGUGAUUUCUAAAACAUAUGGAAGUGCCCUGAUUUCAGAGGAAGAUGAAGUGAAAUAUGUGAACAGGAGACUAGAUGUUGAAGAAAGCCUCAAUAUAUUGACUUUUGAAGACCUUCUCUGCUUCUCAUAUCAAGUUGCCAGAGGAAUGGAGUUUCUGGAAUCAAAAUCAUGUGUUCACAGAGAUCUAGCAGCCAGGAAUAUACUAGUCACCUAUGGGAAAGUGGCCAAAAUAUGCGACUUUGGACUUGCCAGGGAUAUAAUGAAUGAUUCAAACUAUGUUGUCAGAGGAAAUGCUCGUUUACCUGUCAAAUGGAUGUCCCCUGAAAGUUUAUUUGAAGGGAUAUACACAAUUAAAAGUGAUGUCUGGUCUUAUGGAAUCUUACUCUGGGAAAUAUUCUCUCUUGGUGUCAAUCCUUAUCCCGGAAUACAAGUUAAUGAGAAAUUCUACAAGCUUAUUCAAAAUGGAUUUAAGAUGGACCGUCCAUUUUAUGCCACAGAAGAAAUAUACUUAUUACUGUGUUCCUGCUGGGCUUUGGACUCCAGAAAAAGACCAUCCUUUUCACAGCUGCUUUCCCUUCUGGCAUGCCAGCUGGCUGAGGCAGAAGGAACAGCAUGCUGGACAGAUCAUACUGAUACCUCUAAGCACGUUUCCAGUUCCAAAUGCAACCCGCAUGUGACAAGAGAAGCAGAGCUCACUAUUCCUCUGUUGGAUGAAGAUAUUGCAAGGGAAAAAUAAAGCAGACUUUAUUUUA